AGCCAAGCAAAUUUAUAAAUGCCAAACGAGAUGGAUGAAAUAAGAUUGGCACAUGAGAAACCCCAGGGCACAUAACUGCGAACAGAAGGAAGAGCACGAUUAAUCCAAGUGAAAGAGGGUUUGGCGUUUCAAAUGCGCUUUGAGGAGAGAGAGAUAGAGAGAGAUAGGGUUGGGACGACAGACUCGUGGAUGACAAGUGUACGAUAGAGCAGUGUGUGAGUGGGCUAGUGCGUCUCUCUAACCAACGCGCAGGUUUUUUAUAGGCUAUAGAGUUGGAUCAGCUAUUCAUCAGCUGAUCAGCCAUGCGAUUGGUCAGUAUGCAGCAUCGUGGGCGGAGGGCAGCAGGAUCAGAGGAGGAGCCUAAUCCUGCUCCACCCCCUCCGCCCCCUCCCUCGCACCACUCCCACAACUUCAUAAAUAUGAAGAACAAGUUCUUCAAUGAGCUUGGCCAUCUACCUAACCACAAGAUCAAAAUGCCCAUGUGGGCUAUUGGUGCCAUAGUUGUGGUCGUUCUAGCCUUGGUUGGCUGCUUUGCUUUCUGUAUUUAUAAGAAGUGCUUGGGAGGGAAGAAGAAAACUAAGAAAGUCAGAGAGAGGAAGGGAGGACGAAGAAGAGUGAAAAAGGAGGGAGAUGAGGAAGCAGGCGAGGAACAACCUAAAGAUGGAGAGGGCGAGGGAGAGAAAGAAAGUUAUGGCAAGUUGGAAUACACUCUGGAUUAUAACUUCACUGAAAAUCAGCUCAUUGUCGGUAUCCUGCAAGCACAAGACCUUCCUGCCAUGGAUCUGGGUGGAACGUCUGACCCCUAUGUCAAAGUUUAUAUGCUCCCAGACAAGAAGAAAAAGUUUGAAACAAAGAUCCAGCGCAAGAACCUGUGUCCUGUUUUCAAUGAGACAUUCAUAUUUAAGAUCCCCUUCAAUGAUCUAGCGGGGCAGACUCUAGUCUUGCAGGUGUUUGACUUUGACCGCUUUGGUAAACAUGACGUAAUUGGAGAGAUCAAAAUCGCCAUGAACAGUAUUGACCUGGGCCAGCCCAUACACGAAUGGAAAGACCUAGUUGGAGGAGAGAAAGAGGAACAAGAAAAGCUUGGAGACAUCUGUAUCUCCCUGCGCUAUGUGCCCACCUCCGGUAAACUGACCGUCUGUAUCAUGGAAGCCAAGAACCUGAAGAAGAUGGAUGUGGGUGGUUUAUCAGAUCCUUUUGUGAAAGUGGUUUUGCAACACAACGGAAAGCGCAUCAAGAAGAAGAAGACGACAGUUAAGCAGAACACACUGAACCCUUACUUCAAUGAAAGUUUCAGCUUUGAAAUCCCCUUCGCUCAGAUUCAGAAGAUCCAGGUACUGAUCACUGUCUAUGACUAUGAUAAACUGGGAAGCAAUGAUGCGAUUGGGAAGUGCUGGAUUGGGUUUGGCGCUAGUGGGGUGGGUCUGCGACACUGGUCAGACAUGUUGGCCAAUCCCAGACGACCUGUGGCCCAGUGGCACACCCUUCAGCCUGAAGAAGAAGUAGACGCCGCCCUUAAAGCACCUAUCCGCUAAAUAUCUUACUUAUCCACCCCUCAAAUAAAAGUUCUGGCAAAACAUUAUUUAAAUCUCAUACGUCCUGUCACUUCUGUCUGUAGCGUUAUUAACGUCAUUAUUUCACCUACCCUUCUUUACUCUGAAACAAAGGAGGAUUAACUUUUAUAAAUGUUAUUCUGUAUUUUCUGUUCAUAUGGAUUGUUUCUUAUGUAAAUGUGUGUGUAUGUGGAUGAUAACUGUGUGUUUUGUUUGAAAGUCUUGUAUAUGUCUAUAACUGUGUGAGAACUGUCCUGAUUUGCCUCGUCUUUUCUGUGAACCAAGUUGACAAUAAAAACAGCAACUGGAUAUUAUAA